AUGAGUAUUAUGAAAAAUCGAAGCUACCAAACUGUUGGCUCGACCUCACUAGACACUUGUGUUGGUCUUGUUUGCCACUAUCAAUUUGAAAAUGGGUCAUCUCAGUUUGUGUUCAUGGAUGUUGAAAGUGGAAGUGAAGCUUCCCUUAAUCAUUUCCUCUGCUUUUCCACUGAAAACUUUGUGCAGACCCUUGCUUCUUGCAAUGGCUUAAUUCUCUUGUCCGGUUUUCGUGAGGACCAAUUCUGUUACCAUAUCUUCAACCCGCUCACUAAGCACAAUGUCACAAUCCCUCAAACUAAAAUCCAAGAGAAUGUUUCUAGAGUUGGAUUAGCCUUUGAUGGAUGCCAAUUUGAGGUUGUGCUGGUUGAAGCAGGUUCUUCACAAUCCAAUGGACUAAAGCUGCAUGUUUUCUCUUCUGACACUGGCAAAUGGAGGAGCCACAACCCCAUCAACUUAACUGCUCCUCCAUUGCCAGAAUAUGAGUUCCAAGAAUUUGGCACACCUCCUCUCUAUUCAAAUGGGGCAAUUCAUUGGGAAAUAGGUGGACAUUUGUUGGUGUAUCAAGUCCAAGGCAGCCAUUUUGAGCUAUAUGAACUACCAAACUAUUCUGAGGAUUGGUAUUGGCAACCAACAUUGACUUUUCGCCGUUGCUUGUGUGAAUCAGGAGGCAGGACUUACUAUUGCCACACUGAUUUUGAUGGACUUCACAUUUGGAAACUUCUCAAUGAGCAUGAGCAUGCAGAAUUCUUGUACUAUUGGGAUUACAAAACGUUUCCUUGGAGACUAGUCCAUAGUGUGAACCAUGAAAUGUUCAUGUCUAAGCUCCAAAACUUCUGUUACAACUUGUUUCAUUGGGAGCCUUUCAAGAUUGCACCCAUUGCCUACAGUGAAGAAACACAAAUCAUAUAUUUGCAGCUUCCAGGAUCUGUUGUUUCUUACAAUCUUGAUACAGGAACUCUGGGACCAAUCUGCACCUACUCUUAUCCAGGCACGAACUUCAAUUGCUGCUCAUUCUUUUCUUCAACUACUCGCAAUGCUCAGAGUGACACCAUCGGAGAAACAGAGCUGCAUCUACCCAUUGCAGAAAUGGACAAGUUAGCCCUCUAA